UGUUACANACCCUGAUAAUUAAAAACUUUCGGUAUUACGACAUGAGCGGUAGAGCAAUACCCAUUAUGAUAACAUGAAUACUUCCGUUCUAAACAUAUCUUGCGCCAUCAUUUUCGCAACAUAGCAGCUUAAUGUUUUUGAUGUGCGACAGUAAUAGUUAUAAACCGGUUAAAAAAUGACAACUCAUGGAAAGUUUUCUGCGGUGUGGAAAUAUUAUGACCUAGAAAAUAAGGAGAGUGUGAAGGCGAAAUGCAAUAUAUGUGGCAUAGAAAUUAGCAGAGGGAAAACCAUUGGCUCCUUUACAACGUCAGCUCUGUGGAAACAUUUAGCACGGCAUGAUAUUGACGUCGCAGGCUCUUCUCAGAAACCAACUGAAACAGAAUCUGUUCCAAAAAAGAGACAAGCCACAUUGAAAGAAGUCGUUGCAAAAAAGCAGUGUUUCGAUGCCUCUCACCCCACUGCUGCAGCGAUAACAAAUGCUUUGGCCGAAAUGAUCGCUGUAGAUUUUCUACCUCUAUCCAUAGUGGAAUGUGUUGGAUUUAAACGAUUAAUAAAUACAUUGCAACCCAGGUAUUCAAUCCCAUCCAGAAAAUAUUUGACCACAAAUAAAUUACCAUCUAUUUAUAAUAAUGUACAAAAAAAAAUAAAAGAAAUGCUGAAAAACUCUGCCAGUUUAAUAUAUGGCACCACGGACAUCUGGACAAGUCGGCAGCAAGUGUCAUACGCGAGCCUCACUGGACACUUUGUGAUGUGGAACAAAGGAGAGUUAAAACUUGCACACGUUGUGCUUGCUUGUUCACAAUUCGAAGAUAAGCACACUUCAGAACAUAUUCUGAAUGAAAUAAAAAAACAGGAAAGUGCAUGGGAUGUUAAAUUUUCUGCUUUAACUACUGACAACGCCGGCAAUGUGGUUAAGGCACUUAAAGAUGGCUCAAUAGGAAAUGUAAGGUGCAUGGCCCAUACAAUAAACCUUAUAGUGCAAAAUGCACUUAACAAUGCCCAGCGGUCUGUUAACAACACGGUGUCCCGAAUUCGACACAUCGUUGGGCAAUUUAACAGGUCACCAAGCAAGACAAGUGCUUUGCGUAAAUACCAACUCCAGCACAGCGAUUGCGCCCUGGAACUUAUUCAGGACAUGCCGGUACGCUGGAAUUCUACUUUUGCAAUGAUUCAGCGUAUUGUAGAAUUGCGAGAGGUCAUCAAUUACCUCUCCACAAAUGAUGGCAUCUGUGAUACUCUGCCUUUUGCAGAGUGGAAAAUUUCGCAGUCUUUGGUGACGAUUUUAGAGAUUUUUGAUGUUGCGACCAAGGAAGUAUCGCGGGAGUCUGCGACAUUAUCUAUAAUUUUGCCGUUAAAGAACAGCAUUUUAAUGAAACUUAAUAAUUUUUUGAAUUCAACAUUACCGGAGCAAGAGAGGCUGGCCGGUGUUGUGCCAUUUAUCGAGAGGUUACAUAACGAAACUUCACGUCGGUUUGCGAUACCACAACCGGGUAUUCUGCAACCACGAGAAGCAUAUUUCUUUAACAACGAAAUAUAUGAAAAAUGUGCUGUUGCAUCAGUCCUUGAUCCACGAGUUAAAUUGACGUGGGUAAGUGGUGACGUUCAAAAAGCGGGCAUAAUUAACAUCAUUACCCAAACAGCAAUUUCAUGCUUAAGUGACGUCACACGUAAUAUGGAAUCUGCCCAUGAUACAGAGUUAAACCAUUCGUCAUCGUCUUCAUCAUCUGAACAAAAUUGUUCCUCAUUGGCAUUUGCAGCGUUGGAGACAGAGGGAGUUGAAACUACGUCUUGUACUGGCGUAGCCGUUUCUGAAGCUGACAUCCACCGACAAAUAGAGCAGUACCUCCGCAAACCAAGAAUAAAGCAAUAUAAAAACCCUUUGGAGUUCUGGUUGCAGUGCCGUGUACAAUGGCCGAUAUUAUUUAAACUUGCAAUCGAUAUUUUAGCUUGUCCACCCACUAGCGUAUCAUCGGAGCGUUUGUUUAGCUCAUCAGGUGUUAUAGUUUCCCCUUUACGAAACCGAUUGAGUCCUUCAAACGUGGAAAUGCUAACGUUUCUACACGUAAACUUACAAAAACUUGACUUUAAAUAUUAGUAUUGCACUGUGAACCUACUGUUCGCAUUUGUUGUAAAUAAAGGUUUGAUUGUAAAUAAAACAAUACGUUCAGUUGAAAAUUGUUCGUCUCAACGUCAGAGUCAACGAAACGACGUCGUGAAUUCGUUGACACGCAUCAUUGCGCAUUACGUGGCGCGAAAAGAAAUGUUAUCACGAUUGGCGCGAUAGAAUUGUGCUGCGACCGAAAUUAGUACUGCGGAGCAGCAUACACGAAGCUUUUAGUAAUACACGCUGUGACGCUGACAUGUUUAGCGUCCGGAUCAAUUAUUAGGUUAUUAAGUCAUUACGAUAUAAAGUAGAGACAGAUAUUCGGAUUCGACCACGCAUAUUCGGAUUCGAUCGAAUACCUAAAAAUGCGUCGAACAACGCUGAAUAUUCGGAUUCGGAAUCGAUUCGGCCCAUCCCUAUUUUAUUAUAACUGU